AGUGAAAGCAGCUGUUGUGUUUUGGGGAUGUUGUUGAAACCCACGCAGCUUCUCCUCCGUUAUUCCAACAAAUUAACUUUAUGCACAAAUAUAAACCAGAAAAAUUAUAAAACACUUUAUCACAAAGCGAAUGGAGCAAACUACACCUUACUGCUGCGAUAACAGCGGAGAUAACUGUAAGUGUGUAAAGUGAAGGGAGGUAACAAAUACGAAGAUACUCACCGAGCGGCCAGACUGUCGCUGCUUUCUUUCACUUUCGCUAUCAGUCCGAACAGGAAGAAAGAGGAGAACUAAGCCGAAACCAACAGAACCAUCUGCUGCUGGACAGACUUUUAAAAACUUCACCGAAAACCUGAAAAUCUGGGUAAAAUAUUUCUCCAGAACUACGCUUUUAAGGGUCGCUGAUCUACUUCCGGGUUUUAACAGACUUAAAGGGGACGUUGUUAGAACUACAAACUGGGCACAAAGAUCAACAUGAGCAUUCCGGAGCAGGACUCACCGGAAAAGAAAUACGACCCACUUGAUAAAACUCUGAAGUUCGUGAACAGGGGAGAUGACUUGGAUCCAGUGUCUUCUGAUUUUAAUUCUCUCAGAGCUGAGAUGUCCUGCGGCCAUGCGGUCACUCCUGAUUCCCUGACCCGGUGGUGUCGCAGCCAGCUGGACGAGGGUAAUCAUAAAUUCAGAUGUUCUGCGGUGGUGGAGGGAACCAAGCAGUGCAACAAGCUGUGGUCGUACCAGGAGGUGCGCAGACUGGCUGACCUGAGCGUUGAUGAAAUGGAGUAUUUUGAGCAGAAGAUGGCCUCCCUGUCCGUCUCAGAGUACUGCGAGGUUCAGUCGUGUCCAAAAUGUAAAACCACCGUGGAGAGGAAGGAUCUGUCCAACCUGUGUGUCCAGUGUGUCAUUUGCACCGCGGACCAGAAGAAGACCUACCAGUUCUGCUGGCAGUGUCAGAAGGAGUGGAAAGGCUCGGCGCCUCGGUCCGACCGCUGCAGCAACGACGGCUGCAUCAACAGGGACCUGCAGCUCCUGCAGACCUGCAAGGACAUCAGCCUGCCCGAUGUGAAGGGGGUCACCAGCUGCCCCUCCGUCCGGGCCUGUCCCGUCUGCGGCAUGAAGGUGGAGCACAACCGGAUGUACUGUAAAAAUGUCACCUGUCCUCGCUGUCGCUUGACGUUCUGCUUCGUUUGCCUGAAACCAAAGAGCGAGUGCUGCAAGAGCAGCUCGCCGUACAGGAUCUGUCCCGGCGGCGUGGCGCCGCGGCAGACCCGCAUCCCCGUGUGGAAGAAGUGAUGGAGGACGGUUCGUCUGGUGGACAGUUUCACCAGAAACAUACUGGAGGAUUUCUGGAGUUUAGGAUGUCUUAAAAAGGAUUUCAUGUACAGAAAAUGUUUGUGUCAUUCGUGAAUAUUGCAGCUGUAAAACUAAUACUAAAGUUUAAAAAAAAAAAAAAGUUAAAGUUAAAAAAAAAAAAAAAAAAGUUAAAAAAGUUAAAGUUAAAGUUGUUCUAAUACUAAAGUUUACAACAUGUAAGUCACAUUUAAAAGUUUAUAUAAGGAAUUGUUGAAAACGUUUUGAGCAUUAAAGGGAGAUUUCUUAUUUGAUAUGAUACGAUUUUCUUUCUAUUGCUUGGCUACAUGUAAAAUAUAUUUAGUAAUGCAUUGUAUUGAUUUUGUUUGUAAUCACUUUUCUAACAUUUAAGGCUCAAAUUAUAUUAAUAGUUUUUUGCUGAGGAUGUUGUAGUCAUGUUUCUGUGAUUCUUUUAUUUAGCACCUUAUGAAAGUAGCAUUUUGUAGAGGAGCAACCAAGAUAGACAAACAUAUUAAGACAGAUGCUACCAACAGUGAUUCCAUCUUCAUCUGUGAGUUAUUGCUAAUUUUAUUUUGUAAAAAAAUAAAGAAAAAAAAAGAGAGA